AUGGUCUUCCAAUUCAAUGAGGAAGACUGGGAUAAAUAUGUGGAGGAGGUAGUAGAAGAGGCCGAAGAUACAGACGGGUCCGUUGCUGAGUUAACCGAGGCAUUUUCUCGUUUGGAAGCAAGUGAUGAGCAAUGGGGUGUUAGGAAGGCUCGAUUGGGGAGUAGGAUUGAUCUAGCUGCUGAGGUGGCAAGACAAGGCAAGAGUUCCCAGCAACUCUUGAAGGAACUCCAUGAGGCAGGCCAUAAGAGUGUUGGUUUGCUUGGUCAAGAUGAUUGGAGAUACCCUUUUUAUGUGUUAUACCAUAGUCCUGAAGCUUCAUCGUCCUCACCCAUCCACAACCCUUCUUGCGGUUGGGAGUUUGAUGGUGAGGCCGAGGGUUCGGCAGCAAAGGAAGAAAGUUCGCUGAGAGAAGAGGAAGUCUUGCAAGUAGCCACCUUGAAAGGGAAAGAGGUCAUGAAGGAGGAAAACACAAGUGAUGAGUUAAGUCACUUAGUGGUUUUCAAGGAACCAGAGCCAAGUAUGCUAAGGCAUUUGAGGCCCCUCUAUAUCAAGGCUAGGUUGGAUGGUAUGCCGAUGUCAAGAAUCCUUGUUGACAAUGGAGUUGCUGUCAAUGUGAUGCCCAUUAGGCUGUUAAGAAAAUUGGGAAAGACUACAAGCGAUUUGAUUCCCACUGAUAUCUUCGUUACUAGCUUCAAUGGGGGAUCAACAUCGGCAAGAGGGAUACUACCAGUCUUAAUUGGAGUUGGUAGUCAAGAGAAAAUGUCUGCCUUCUUUGUGGUGGAUGGGGCGAUAAGCUACAAUGCCUUGUUGGGAAGGGAUUGGAUCCAUGCCAACAAGUGUGUCCCAUCCUCACUUCAUCAGUGUUUGAUGUUUUGGAAUAAAGAAGGAAUGGUGGAGGUAGUACAAGCAGACACCAACCCCUUUGCAGUUGGUGCUAACGUGGCCGAGGCUCCACUAUAUUAUGGAGACUUCGGGCCUCUACAAGUGAGGAGUAUGGAUGGAGGGUCCUGCACAGUGGUGAUUUCAAGUGCUAAGAUAUUGAGCAUAUCAUGCCUCGACCCCCUUGCCGACAUUAUGAGACCAUCUAUGAUUGCUUUGGAUGGUCCACCUAAAGCCGAAACGAGUAUCAAUGAUGAGUAG